UUGUAAAAAUGUCUCCACGAAUUCGUGAUAUUCCUAUAACCAAGUUAAAUAAUGGAGUAGAAAUUCCGGUUUUUGGAUUAGCAAUACCGAAGAGUUUCGGGGACAACAAUGAAGUGAGAGAAGUAUUAGUCAGUGCAAUAAGUUUAGGCUACCGUCUAAUAGACUGCGCUAUUUUUGAAAACGAAGAAAAGAUUGGCGUCGCUCUUCAGCAACUGAUUAAAGAAGGGAAAACUAAACGCGAAGAUCUAUUUAUUAUUGGGAAAUUAUACUGCAGUAACCCUCGUUCAAAUUUAAUCAAACCUGCGCUUAUAACUACUUUAGAAAAAUUGCAAACUACAUAUUUAGAUUUGUACUUAAUUCACCAGCCUGCAGCUUUCAAUGACAAAAACCUCAUCGCUGUCGAUUUUGUCAAUACGUGGAAAGCCAUGGAAGAGCUUUACAGAGAGAAACUCACCAGAGCAAUCGGUCUUUCAAAUUUUAACAGUAAACAGAUCGAAUGCAUUUUGAAAAAUAGUGCAGUUUGUCCGCAAGUUAAUCAAAUUGAAUGUCACCCUUACUUAAAUCAAGCUAGACUAAGAAAGUAUUGUUCGAACAAUGGAAUUACUGUAAUAAGUUACAGUCAUUUAGAUAGCUCGAGAAAUAGUAUUCGACCUGAAAAUCCCAAUGUUUUCGAUGACAGCAGAAUUAAAAAAAAUGCUAGAAGAUAUAACAAAACUCCAAUAGAAAUUGUGUUGAGAUAUAAUUUACAGUUAGAAAAUGUUGUGAUAUCAGAGAGUUUAAUCGAGAAUGUAAAUUUCUUUGAUUUUUACAUAGCACCUGAAGAUAUGAGUUAUAUUGCGACAUUCGACUGUGAAGAGUAUAAUAGGUGACUGCAUAAAUAUCUGCAUGAAAUCCAAUAUUCUGUGGCAUGAGUAAACACGCUCAAUAUUUCAAUAUUUG